CAUCUUGUUUGUGGCUGGAGCGCUGUGGGGGAGAGUGUGCAGAGUGUGUGCGGCCCGUGACAAAAAAAAACCCGUCGUGUCGCGACUGUCGUGUCCGUAUCGUAUCGUGUCGUGUCCCCGUCGUGUCCGCGCGGUUACCUCGGUACUUGAGAAAACAGGAGAAAUAAAAUGGCAGCAGAAACCCAGACACUUAACUUUGGACCUGAGUGGCUUCGCGCAUUGUCAAGUGGUGGGAGCAUAACCUCCCCUCCACUCUCACCAGCAUUUCCAAAGUAUAAAUUAGCAGAUUACCGUUAUGGAAGAGAAGAAAUGCUAGCACUUUAUGUAAAGGAUCUCAAGAUCCCCGUAGACCUAAGUGAUAAGGAGUUUCUGCCUAUUUUACAAGAGGAGCCCCUGCCACCUUUAGCACUUGUACCUUUUACAGAAGAAGAGCAACGAAAUUUUUCCAUGUCUGUAAACAGUCUAGCAGUGCUACGUUUAAUGGGACGAGGUGGAGGAACAGUGGCAGGGGCACCAAGAGGUAGAAGUUCCUCAAGAGGUCGAGGUCGAGGGCGUGGUGAAGGGGGUUUUUACCAAAGAAGUUUUGAUGAAGGAGAAGUGGGAUUUGGGCGAGGGAGUCGAGAAAUGCAUCGAUCACAAAGCUGGGAAGAAAGGGGAGAACGGCGGUUUGAAAAACCAGGGCGAAAAGAUCCAGGUUCAAGUCAUGUUAAGGACCAACAUCCCAGCCUGUGCACUCAAAAUGACUUCCUCUCUUCAACCUCUGGAUUCCUUACAAAACCAGUGAGACCAACUUUUGAAGAAGUGGGAACAUCAACAACAAGAAAACAUGAAUUUAUACGUUCGGAAAGUGACAACUGGCGUGUCUGUAGAGAUGAACAGAAUGGUGAGGAGGAUGAUGGAGGUUGGCGUUUAGCAGGGCCUCGUCGAGAAGGUGACAGGUGGCGGACUCAUAGCCCAGGUCCGUUUGAUAUACUUACAAGGCCUGAAAAUAGAUAUGAAGCAGAUGCUCCUCGAUCUGCAGGGUGGAGGGAGGUUUUGGAGCGCAGGAGAAGGUUUGAGUUUGAUUUUCGAGAUCGGGAUGAUGAACGAGGGUACAGACGAGUGCCCUCUGGCAGUGGCAGUCUGGAGGAUGAGAGGGACAGCUUGCCAGAAUGGUGUCUAGAGGAUGCAGAAGAGGAGACGGGAACAUUUGAUUCUUCUGGUGCAUUUAUGUCCUUGAAGAUUAAGAAAGCUCCAAAGGAGCCUAUUCCAGAAGAACAAGAAUUGGACUUUAAACCUGUGGAGGAUGGUGAUGAGCGAUCCAAUUCAGAAAAUGAGAAAGAAGCUAAGGAGCCUGAUAAGACGACAAAGAGAGAGUCCUUUGAAGAACCAGUUAGAACUGAAGAACCAAAAGCUGUUCCUUCCACAGCUUUACCCCCUCCUCCUUCACAGUCUCACAUAUUCGUGAUUCCCAGCACACACAACAAAGAAGAAAGGAAGCCAGAAAAAAAUAACAAAAUUGAGGCUACAGAGAAAUGUAGACCUGCUGCUAGUGAAGAGAUGAAUACCUCAGCCUCUUCACCUCCUCAAAAGAAAACACCAGCUGUCUCUGCUGUUCCCAUUGCUACUGUUUCUAAAUCGUCACCAUCUCCCUCAUCUGUGACCACAGUUGUCACAAACGUGAGCAUACCUCAAGACAAUGAUGAUGAUGGACUAAAACACCUUGAGCAGGAAGCUGAGAAGAUGGUCGCAUCAUUACAGGAUAAUGCCUUAGAUGACGAAAGACUGUCGACGAAAAUUCAGGAAAAACGGACUAAAUCCUCUACCUUACCCUUGUCCCACGAUGCUGCUAUGAAGUGGUUUUAUAAAGAUCCACAAGGAGAAAUACAAGGGCCUUUCAGCAACCAAGAGAUGGCAGAGUGGUUCCAGGCAGGCUACUUCACAAUGUCUUUGCUUGUAAAACGAGGCUGUGACGAAGGCUUUCAGCCAUUGGGAGAAGUUAUAAAGAUGUGGGGCAGAGUGCCAUUUGCUCCAGGACCUUCUCCUCCUCCAUUGCUGGGUGACCUGGAUCAGGAAAGACUGAAGAGGCAACAGGAACUUGCUACUUUGAACUUGUUUCAGAUGCAGCAAAUACAGUACCAGCAGUUUCUUCAGGCUCAGCUUAUGACCAGGCAACAGUAUGCACAAGCCAUAGCACACCAACAAAAGGCAGUUGUGGGGUCCAUAACAUCGCAGCAGCAACAGCAGCAACAGCAGCAGCAACAACAACAACUGGCUGUGAUUCUGGAGCAAUUCCAGGCUUUGAAAUUAAGAUCCUCCGAACAAAGUCUGAUACCUCCCGUAACAAGGUCCAUGGCUGUGCCUGACAACAGUUCCAUAUGGGAGUUACAAACUCCAUCAUCACAGCCCUCAGGUUGGGAUGGCGGCAGUGUCUGGGACUUGCCCGUAGACCCGCCCACUCAAGGGGCCUCGGUUGAUCAGAUCCAGCAGAUGGAGAGAGGAAAAGCUGCCAAGCUGGAGCAAGAAAGGAGAGAGGCAGAGCUUAGGGCUAAAAGGGAGGAAGAGGAAAGAAAGCUACAAGAGGAAAUCUGCCGUCAUCAAGAAGAGCUGCUGCGAAGACGAGAGGAGGAGAGAAAACGAAGGGAAGAAGAGGACCUUGCAAGAAGAAAACAAGAAGAAGCACUUCGACGCCAGAGAGAGCAGGAAGCAGCUCUGCGUCGACAAAGGGAAGAAGAAGAGAGGCAACAACAGGAAGAGGCCCUCCGACGGCAUGAAGAGAGGCGGAGAGAAGAGGAAGAGAGACGCCAAAGGGAGGAGAUGCUUCGAAAACAGGAGGAAGAGCGCAGGCACAAGGAAGAAGAGGCAGCACGUUGGGUGCUGGAGGAGGAAGAAGCUAGGCGACGGAUAGACGAAGAAAACCGACUGCGAUUGGAGGAAACUCGGCUUCGUUUAGAGGAAGAGGAGCGGAAACGAAAAGAGAUCGAACGUCAGAAGGAGCAGCUGCAGAGACAGGAGGUUAUAAGACAGAGACAACAGGAGGCACUAAGAAGGCUACAGCAACAUCAACAGCAGCAACAACUAGCACAAAUGAAGCUUCCUUCCUCUUCAACAUGGGGACAGCAAGCAGCACCUGUUUCACCUCAGAUACAGGGUACCCUAUCACUAGCUGAGAUACAAAAACUGGAGGAGGAAAGGGAAAGGCAGUUACGAGAAGAGCAGCGACGGCAGCAGCAAGAACUGAUGAAAGUCUUGCAACAGCAACAUCAUCAGCAGCAGAAACUGCCAGGCUGGGGAAAUAUCCCCAAAACUCCAGUGGCUACCAAAUCGCUCUUGGAAAUCCAGCAAGAAGAAGCUCGGCAAAUGCAAAAACAGCAGCAGAACAAGACACAGACCAAAACAUCUGUAGCAGCAAAGCUGAAUCUCUCUGGCAGUCAUGAAGAAACUAACUUCAAGAACAACACAGUGAUGAAAAGAGAGGAAUCUACAACUAAGAGAGUAGGAGCAGAAAGGAACCAGCAUUCUAGUUUGCCAGUUAGCAACGCCACAUCUGUAUGGGGAUCAGUGAAUACCAGUUCUACCAACCAGUGGGCCACGGACAUGAGCAGUGUUUGGGGUGCACCGGAUAACAAGAAUUCUAAUAUGGGAUUCUGGGAUGAAGCUGUCAAGGAGGUGGGGCCUCCAACACGAAACCAAACCUCUAAAAGCAGCAAGAGCAAUUCCAACGCAGGAAAGUCAUAUGGAGUUCAAGCCAAACAGAAUAAAAAAAUUGAGGAGGAAGAGAAACUUAUGAAACUGUUCCAGGGAGUUAACAAAGCACAGGAUGGAUUUACCUUGUGGUGUGAGCAGAUGUUACAUGUUCUCAACACGGCUAACAAUUUAGACGUUCCCACGUUUGUGUCUUUUUUGAAAGAAGUGGACUCGCCUUACGAGGUUCACGAUUAUGUCCGAGCAUACCUUGGUGAGACUCCUGAAACAAAAGAAUUUGCAAAGCAGUUUCUAGAACGACGUGCCAAUCAGAAAACCAAUCAGCAGCAGCAACAUUCACAGCAAAGGCAGCAGCAGGAUUCAGCUUGGGCCAUGGGUCAAACCAGUCUGCAGUCCAUCUUUCCAUCAAAUCAUAGUAGAACGCAACAGUCUAAUUUUGAAACUGUGCAGUCUGGGAAGAAGAAGAAAAAACAGAAAAUGAUCCCUGCUGAUCCCAGCAUUUUGGGUUUCUCUGUAAAUGCUUCAUCAGAACGGCUAAACAUGGGAGAGAUUGAGACACUUGACGACUACUGAAGCAAAUUUGAGUAAUUAAAAAAAAUGUUAAUCAUGAAUUCUGAAUGCACCAACCAAUAUCAGUUAAUUAAAAAUCUAACUUAUUACCUUGAGUUCACGUCUGUCUUUGAUACCUCAGCACACUUGCUACGGCCCCUUCACUCCUUCGUGCGAUCAUGUUUCAAGUACAAAGCAGUCACUUCAAAGACCCUCUGCAAUAGCUUGCAUGCUUAGAAUCCCAUUUUACCUUUCCAAAGAAUAACUUUCAUACUGCUGUUAAAUCUGGUACUGUGUCACUUAAACAUUGAUUUUGUUUGUAUUGGCUGUUAUUCAGAAUACAUGAUUAACGAGACGUUUCGAUGUUGGUCACAUUAACAUCUUUUCUUUGGUUGCACAUUUCUGAACAAUCCUGUCAUUAAUGCAUUUAUAAGCUGAUUCAAUAAUACAGUUGUGUUGAAAACGUACUGAAAUGUAUUAAAGACAGCUCGGAAAUUGUAAGAUUAUCUAUGCACAGUUUUUUGCAUAGGAGAGCAUCCAGUCUGCCUUAGCCCCUUUAAACAAAUUGUGGACUUACAACUUUGGCAUUGUCCAGUCUUUUUAAGUAAUAUAUUUGAAGUAUUCAGCACACUGCAACCUUCCUAAUAUCUUCAGGUUAACCAAUGAACUAUUGGUUGUGUAUUUCUCGAUCGGAAAAUGAAGGCAUUCAUUCCUCCAGUCAUGUAAGGUUGCUGAAUGAAGGGUGCAGUGUGUGAUUGGAGACGUGACUGAGAUUUUCCAAUACUGACUGCUAAAUCUGUUUGUCUAGGCCAAGGAUACUUUCUCUUUUAAAGGAGCUAUACCCCACUUGGCGACUUGUGUAGGUUGUGUUUUAAAAUUGUUGAAAAUCAAAUCUUUUUAGCACAUUUUGGCCUAAUCAAAGUCAGUUUUUACAAAGCUGAGAACUCUGCUUAGACAACAAAAUGCUGCAGCCACUGCACAUCAACAGUUUAUUUAACAAAGCAUUGAAAUGCAGCUUACUUGUAUUUAGAUGUACAGAUGUUUCCCAUUCAUAGGGAACUUGGGUAAUUGACCCUUUGGUGACUGAAGGACUUUUUUUAGUUUCUGAGAAACAUGUUUUUUGAAUCGCUUUUUUUUCCAAAAUUAGAAUCUGUAUGAAAACGUAAUGAUAAAUAUUAAAAAGAAAAUCAUUAUUAUGCACAGAACAUUUCUCUAGAGUCCACUCUGAAGUAAAGAAAAUACAGUGGAUUCUACUUUGUCGCUUCCUGUAUUGUGUUCCUGUUUUCUAGGCAAUGUUCAUUUUAAUUGUUUCUAAAUUUGCUCUGUUAAUCAAAUCUUUUUUUAAGAUGAGGAUUUGGGGAGAAUAACUUGGUCUUGGUUUUCCCUCGUAAUAAACUAUUCCCAUCACUCUUUCUGCUGUCACUAGGCUAAAUAUCAAGGGAGGAUGAGUUGGUUUUCUGCUUUGGGCUUCAACCAUUACUGCUAUUGACCCAGCUACGGGGAGGUGCACAAGGGCAGACUGAUCCUUUUACCCCUGAUGGUUGGCUUAGCUGAGGUUGGUAACUCAAUGGUGAUGGAGUGGGAGAGGAAAAUUAACUCUGAUCCCUACCUGAGUUACAACUUCCAUACAUACCAUCUUCUGACCCUUUUUUAUGCUUUAUAUGCACCUAUACACUUUAUGAAUGUUUACUUGUUCCAGGCAGAUGAAAGUGUUUGCAGCUCCUUAUGAAAGGCAUUAUGAUUAGUAUCUGCAAAAGUGCAGCAAAAAUCACUGCAAAACUCUGGUAUUACUACAUAAGGAAAAUACAUCACAUAGCUAUUAAAUUCUGUUGUUUUAUCCUUUUAUUUGGCUGGCUAACAAAGUGGCUGUCAGUCACUAUUUUUUGUAUUUAAAAUUAUGGAACGCAAAUAAUGACCCCAAUUGUUCUACCUAAUUGGAGUAUGCAUUGGUUGUCUUUGCAUUUCGCCCAUUAAGAGGUAACUUAAUUUCAUAUCUUAAGUCAAAUGAUUUAAUUAAAGACAAAUUCAAAUCCAAAAAUAUUUUGUAUCUCAAGUCAAAUGAUUUCUUUCAACUCCCCCCCCCCUCCCCCCAUCCCUCCCCACACACACACACACAAUCCUAGAAUAAAUGUGUAUGGUGGUUUUCAAGUAUCUCCCAUGUAUUAUAAUGUCUGCAUUGUUAACAUCCAUCUGCACACCUCAUUAUGGCAGCUGUGGUGUCCAACUAUUUGUCUUUUUUUUACAUAAUAGUGGAUUAAUGCUAUGUAACUGUUGAACUUUUAUGUUUAUUGCCCCUUUAACACUAAAACCUAAGUGUUAAGAUACCAUAAUGUUCUAAUGGUGAUUUCUUUUGGAUUGAAGUACAGGCAAUAUUUAUGUGAGUUUCGAUUAAAAUGGUUAAAUAUUUCACAAGAGGUAUGAACUUCCCAAACAACAAACACCCCCCCCCCCCCCGAAAUUUUACAUUUGCUUUUGUAGAAAUGGAUCAUGUAUGUACUGUCCGAAGGUGAGUCUUAUUCUGGAGACAAGCGGAUUGCUUUAAAACAAUGUGAAAAGCAUUGCAUCACUGGAGUCAACCGUUCUACUUAUUUACAAAGCUUAUGAACUUGAGAUGAAAGUGAACUUAUGACAUUAGUUCACUUACAUUUACUGAGACUGUAUAGAAAUGUACCUUGUUGGCUCAAACAGUUUCAACAAUGCUGAUUGUUUAAACAUGAUGAUAGUGCCAUCAAAACCAUUGAAGACUUUAUUGUACAAUCACUUCCAGGUAUAUGCAUACCUGAUCGAAGUAUAGAACCAAAUGUUCCAAACGCAUUCCUCCCGUUGGGCUUUCAAUCCUAAUGCAUAGUUUCCUAUUCAUGUAAAUUUAAUACUAAAUCUUCAUCCAAACAGAAAAUAUUGUUUAACUGCUAAUUUGUAAUUAGACAGCCUACUGCCAAAUUUUCACCUUGGAGCAGGAGUGAAGUUUAUGAGACUAAUCAGUUUUAUGGUUUAAAAAUUCAAGGGAACUUUUUUUUUCCUUUCAAUUGUUGUUUCAGUUGAAUUGCUGAAUGAUUUAAAUGUGUUCUGGUACAGAAAUACUCAAAUGAGCCAUUGCCAUUUCUUUUGAUGGAAAUCAUUAUUCAAGCAUUACAAUACUUGGCAGGCAAAAUUGAGAGUUUUAUCCACAUUUAGUUGUACCAUAAAUUGGAUAACAUAGUAAUUUUUUUAAUGAUAAAAACAUGUUAAGAUUGUUUUGACAAAGUGAUUUUUUUUGACAAUUUGUAAUUUACAUCCUUAGGGCAUAGGGGAAAGAAAGGUGUACUGAUCAUAAAGAACCCAGACCAGCUUUUCAAAUAUGUUCAAUAAACACAGACUGCUGCAGACUUGUACAUAGUUUUGACUCGAUUGCAGAAGAACAGAGAAGUUGACACAGAGGCACUGGCUAGUUUGGGGUUUCUUGUACAACUGCUAUGUAAAAUGGGGGGAGAAGGGGUAGACGGGAAGGUUGAGUUGAGAUUCCAAUUGAAUCUGAAAAAUACAGGUUGUACUAUAUCAGAACUGAUUAUUUGUUCAAGCCAAACUAUAAGACAGGAAACGACCAUUCCCUGCUCUUUGGGGUCUCUUUGUGAAUAGUUAAUUCACGUAUUGUGAAUUUACAAUCGUAGAUUGGUAUUUUCAACAAGAAACAAAAAUGUGUAAAUACGUUGCAUCAAAAUAAACCAAUGAAUUCUGAGA